CUUUCAGAUGUUAAAGCUGCAGGUUUCGCCCAGCAAAUUGAAGGAAAGAUCACAUCUGUAGAUGUCUGUGCACGGUAAGCACAAUCACCACCGACGCAUUAAAGUCUUCCACCCUCUCAUCCGGGAGUGACUCGACCAUCCAACCACAUACAGUAUUACAUACACUCACACGCCAUAGGGCCAAACUUUCGAUCACCUCGCCAGGCAAGCGAUUUCUCGAGGAGCGACGUCUAAAGAAAUUCCGGCGGUUGGCCAUGGAAACGCCGAGGAACAGUCUACCUCUUCCGAUGCCUAUAAUUGAGAUCAUUCGCCGAUCUGAAGCAGCAUUUGCCUCCCAAUGGUUCAAUGACUUGUCUCCACUUUUGGCUAAACUCUUGGAAUGGACCUUGAUGUUUGGCAUCGGAUACUGGGGAUUUGGUUAUGGUUGGAUUUUGUUCUUUGCCACGGUUCAUUUCAUCAAGUUUCGGCAUGCCAAAGAGGGCUUGAGCGACACGAUUUGCGCCAAACUCUCGACCUUGACCUCGGAAAAGGAAGUGAUUGGGAGCUCGUUGGAGCACUUCCCUUCUUGGGUGUCUUUUCCGGACUUUGACCGCGUGGAAUGGAUCAACGAUAUCCUGGCUCAGUUGUGGAAAAGCAUUGACGGAUAUGCGACUUACUUCAUUGUUCAAUACAUCGAACCUGAGAUCAGAAAGAUCUUAGAUAGCAUGGCUUUGGAAACAGUGUCUGGGUUCAAAGUCCAGAAGAUCGCAUUGGGAGAUGUUCCGGCCAGAGUUGGCGGCAUCAAAGUGUACAAUCGAAACGUCACUCGCGAUGAAAUCAUUCUCGAUGCCGAAGUGAUCUACAACGGUGAUGCUCGUGUUUUGUUCACGUUGCAAGGAAUCAAGGCCGAGAUUCGACAAAUCAACUUCCGGGGCACGGCCAGAAUUACCUUAAAGCCCAUUGUGAAUACCUUUCCCUUCAUUGGAGGAUUCGAAAUUUACUUCUUGAACAAGCCUGUGUUGGAUUAUAACCUAGGCGGUAUUGGCACAUUCGCAGAGGUACCGGGAGCCAAUGCGAUUGUUAAAUCAGUGGUGGAGGAUCAGAUUCGUUCUCGCUUCGUUUGGCCCAAUAGGUUCCGAAUGUUCUUGCCGAUGGACGUCAUCACCAGUCGGCCAAACAAGUCUUUCCUCCUUUCGAAGCCAGCAGGCGUUCUUCAGGUCAAUCUCAAGGAGGCCAAAGACCUAUUGAAAAAGGACAAAGGUUUGACAGGCUCGGGGUUGAGCGAUCCUUACGCUGUCAUGUCCAUUGGUGAACGAAAGAUCAGCUUUAGGAACAAGUAUGUUCCCAAAACAGUGAACCCGGAGUGGAACUACAUUCAUGAAUUCAUUAUGGAGGACAGCUUCGGGCAGAAGUUGAUGAUUGACGUCUUUGACUUUGAUAACUCCACCACAGACGACUUUCUGGGUAGUAUUGCCAUCGAGAUCGGCAAUAUUGUUGAAAGCCAAGUUUAUGAUGAGUGGAUGCGAUUGAGCCAAGUGAAACACGGACAACUUCACUUGAAUGCCAAAUGGCUCAAAACCGAACCUAUCACCGAAGACAAUGCCAAUUCCUUUCAGAGUUAUGUGGUCAGUAUUCUGAUUGAUUCCUGCAAAGACUUAAGUAAAGAGGGCAAGAACUCUCUUCCUUCCCCUCGAUGCAAAUUGACUCCGUCCAGAGGCGACCCCAAGAUGACCCAGGCCAAAACAAAGACCAAGGAUCCCAUUUUCGAGGAGUCCUUUUUAUUUUUUUGCCAUAAUGCCAGCACCGACAGCAUUCUAAUCAAGGUUGUCGACAGCCGAGGAUCCGAUUCUCUGGGUCAAGUGAGACUGCCCAUUGACCACUUAAAAAAUAGUCCAAGAGGCGAAUACUUCGACAUGAAUUGGGACCUGGAUGGCGGCCUGAAUUCGAGCGCUUCCAUCAUAAUCUCGGCCAAACUUUUUGGGGUUGAAGUACUUUAGGUGAUGAGAGUUUACCUGCCUCUCGAUUGCUCCUAAUUGAAUGUGACAAGAACUGCAGUAUUGUAUGUCGAAUAAAUCUUUAUAUAUUUUUCGGUAUGAA